GGAUAAUGCUGCGUGCAACACUGUCGCUACUUCUAAUGAGUAUGAGACAAUAAAAAGCUGCUGGAGGCGGUACUAACCACAGACAUACAGCAACAUGAGCUAUUAUUAUUAUUAUUAUGAUGGGACAGUGUGGAAGGCAGGAGGGCUUCUACAGUAUUGGGGCGGAAAAGGCUAAUUAACGUAAUGAAAUAAGGCUGCUGGCAAGUUAAUGGGCUAAUUAUUAAGAAUACUGGAGCCGUGGGUAGGAUAAAAGGUGCAGUUGUGGUAAAUGAGAGAAGCCGUCAGGCGGCCUCUAAUACUCAGUAUAAGUUAUCCGCGCCACAGGCCGAAGAGAGGAAAAUUAGGAUUCCGAAAAGCCACGCCCCGUUUUACACCUUCCAAUCCCCAGUUCUCACAGCGAUGACGCAGGCGGGAGCUUCCACGUGACCGCAAUGGAAUGCAAACAAUGCGGCGGGCGCCCAAGUCCAUCCCGCUGCAGUCUGUCGGCGGUGACGAGCAGUGAGGCCACCUCGAGAGAAGCGGACUUGCGGGGGGAACCGCCUGUUGAGCUUCAGCGAUCGCAACUCCGCCUGGAAUGUGCCUCUGUGACUGAGGAGCUGACGCCAAGAGGAAAAAGGAGGCGGCAGAGGAGGAGGAAAAGCAGAACCUCCAGCACUAUCCCAAAGAAAAAGGCAGCCGUCUUAUUUCUGCGUUUCUCUACAAUCUGGAAAGGCUGAUUCUGUGGAAUUGCAGAGUAUGUUGGGAAUAACGAGGCGCCAGCACGAGGAGCUCUGGGAGACAAGCCAAGGCUGAAAAUGAGGAUCUGUGACAUAAAAGAACCAUGGAGGAGCUGUGAAUUUCGUCAUUCGGCAGUAAGAAGAGCAACUAAUCUGUAGACAUCAUGCGUAAAUACCGUGGAUGUAUUAACGGGGGUCAUUUUCCAUAAAGCGCAGUAGUACGGCAAUAAGAAGUGUAUGUAGAGACUAAACUGGAUUAGCCAUGAGGCCAAAGACUUUUCCUGCUACUACAUAUUCUGGCAACAGCAGGCAGAGACUGCAGGAAAUACGUGAGGGCUUAAAACAGCCCCCCAAACCUUCAACCCAGGGAUUGCCUGUUGGACCUGCCAACGAAACCCUGCUGGACCCUAAAGUUCUGCAGAGCAAGGAUGGUGCCAGGCAACAGCAGCAGCAGCAACAGCAGCUCCGCCAGCCGGCAAAGUUUGCACCCUAUCAAAAGGCUCUACGAGAAAUCAGGUACUCCCUGCUGCCUUUCGCCAACGAAUCCGGGAACCCGGUGACCGUGGAAGUGAAUCGACAGAUGCUACAAGAGCUGGUGAAUGUAGGAUGUGAUCAGGAAAUGGCCGUACGUGCUCUGAAGCAGACCGGGAGCAGGAGCAUUGAAGCUGCUUUGGAGUUCAUUAGUAAGAUGGGUUAUCUGGACCCGAGGAAUGAACAGAUUGUUCGGGUGAUCAAGCAGACAUCACCAGGAAAAGUCACAACUCCUAAUAGUGUAUCUCACCGGUCAAACUUUGAAGGAUCAAAUGAGACAUUUUAUCCUUAUCAUCCAAUGAACAAUGCAGCUUAUGAAGGGCCUGGCUUUUCAGCAGAAGGUGCCAAUGUCCUCAGUGAAGUACCACGUCAGUACAUGGACUAUUUGCUUUCUUCGCCUCAGCCUGCCACGUUGAAUGGCCCUUCUCAAAGGCCUCUGCCUGUAGUAGGUGCUCACAACUCUCCUGUCAGCCACCAGCAGAAGGGAUAUGUUACAAAUGCAGAGUCUGCUGUAAUGAACUACGUUAUUGGGAAUCAUAACAACCCAGGUCUUCCAAUACAAACGUCUCAUGCCUCAAGCAGUCCACACUAUAGCCGGCAGCACAUGAUGGUGCAAGGGGAUCCUAUGGCCUAUAGCGUGCAGAGAACACCAUCAUUUCAAAAUAAACUGCAGCAAGAUGGAGGAUAUGUAAAUUUACCCCAGACCAGUCCAGGCCACGCCUAUACACAGGCACCUUCCGGUAUGUACUUGCCACACACUCACCACAAGCAAACAAGUCCUCCCUCUCACCAGAUGCAUGUGAUAGCCAGAGGUUCACCAUACUCUGAGUUUUCAGACACUCCACAAAACCUGUUGACGCCAUCAAGAAACAGUUUGAACAUGGAUCUCUAUGAUCUUGGCAAUGCAUGGCAAAACUCACAGCCUUGCCGGGAUCCUCUGCAGGGCCCAGGUUUAGACUCUUCUCCAAGACAACAUGUGUCCUUCAGACCGGACUCUCAAGUGCCAAGUCGUGCUAGUUCUUUUAAUAACCACCAACAACAAAAGCAAGUGGUGAUGCGACAGACCCCACCCAACAAACCUGACACUUCCAUGCCCUUACCCAAUACUGUCACUACUGUUACAGCCACUCAUAUUCUGCAGCCAGUAAAGAGCAUGAGGGUGACAAGACCUGAACCACAAACUGCUGUAGGCCCCUCACAUCCUGGUUGGCUAGCGGCUCAAGCACAGAAGUUAGAAACUCAAAAGGUGGAGAUGGUCGAGCCUCCCACCUCAUCAAUUGCAUCAGCUAACGCUUAUGGUAUAGAUGUGGGUUAUGGCAACCAAGAUAUGAGAUUUCCACCACCUCCUUAUCCAAAACAUCUCUUGCUUCAAACCAACUCAGAACAGCUUGAAAUGAAUGCCUUAUGUAAGGGAGUGGAUCAGAACCUUCGUGUGACUGAGAAUGUAUCAUGUGGUCCAGUAGAUGAAGCCAAUGGGGAACCAAAAGCUAGCAAAGCGAGCAAGACCCCCAAGGUUGUUAAAUCGGGAAAGGAUAAAAAACAGAUUCAAACAUCACCUGUUCCCGUGCGUAAAAACAGCAGAGAUGAAGAAAAGCGAGAGUCCAGAAUAAAAAGCUACUCACCUUUUGCCUAUAAGUUCUACAUGGAACAACAUGUGGAGAAUGUUCUAAAGACCUACCAGCAGAAAAUCAACAGGAGACUACAACUGGAACAAGAAAUGGCUGAAGCUGGCCUCGGUGAAGUCGUUCAAGAGCAAAUGCGGAAAAUCCUUUAUCAAAAGGAGUCGAAUUAUAACCGAUUGAAGAGGGCCAAAAUGGACCAGUCUUUAUUUGUAAAAAUUAAGACACUGGGAAUAGGAGCUUUCGGGGAAGUGUGUCUGGCAAGCAAAGUGGACACCAAAGCGCUUUAUGCUAUGAAAACCCUACGGAAAAAGGAUGUGCUGAACCGCAACCAAGUAGCUCAUGUAAAGGCAGAGCGGGACAUUCUGGCCGAGGCUGAUAACGAGUGGGUAGUGAAACUUUACUACUCUUUCCAGGACAAAGAUAACUUGUACUUUGUGAUGGACUACAUUCCAGGAGGGGACAUGAUGAGCCUUCUAAUACGCAAGGAGGUGUUUCCAGAGCACCUUGCCAGGUUCUACAUUGCGGAGCUAACCCUGGCCAUUGAGAGCGUCCACAAAAUGGGAUUUAUUCAUCGAGACAUCAAACCCGACAACAUUCUUAUAGACCUGGAUGGCCAUAUUAAGCUGACCGACUUUGGCCUGUGCACUGGGUUCAGGUGGACUCAUAACUCAAAAUAUUACCAGAAAGGGAACCACGCCCGACAAGACAGUAUGGAGCCUAGUGAGCUGUGGGAUGAUGUAUCCAACUGCAGAUGUGGAGACCGGCUAAAGACUUUGGAGCAGCGAGCUAAAAGGCAGCAUCAGAGAUGUCUGGCUCAUUCUUUAGUGGGCACGCCUAAUUAUAUAGCCCCAGAGGUUCUGCUGCGCAAAGGUUACACUCAGCUGUGUGACUGGUGGAGUGUAGGUGUCAUUCUGUUUGAGAUGCUGGUAGGGCAGCCACCAUUCCUUGCAUCAAAUCCAACUGAAACCCAACUAAAAGUAAUACAUUGGGAGAAUACCCUUUACAUUCCUUCCCAAAUCAACCUGAGCCCUGAGGCAACCAAUCUGAUCGCAGAGUUGUGCUGUGGGGCUGAAGACAGACUUGGGAGAAAUGGGGCAGAUGAAAUUAAGGCUCACCCCUUCUUCAGCUCAAUUGACUUUUCCUCUGACAUUCGUCAUCAGCCAGCACCUUAUGUUCCGAAAAUCAGCCACCCAAUGGAUACCUCUAAUUUUGACCCGGUGGAGGAGGAAAGUCCUUGCGGUGACAGCGGAGACAGCACUGUGAUGUGGGACGCUCUUAUGAGUUCAGGAAACAAACACACCGAGCAUGCCUUUUAUGAGUUCACUUUCCGCCGGUUCUUCGACGAUAACGGCUACCCGUUUCGUUAUCCCAAGCCUUCCAAAUUAGAGACCUCUUCAUGUGAGGAAACUGAGGAAGAAGAUAACAAUUCUGCCAGAGAGUCAGAAGGCUGCCAGCCUGUCUAUGUGUGAGAUCCCGGGAUGGAUAUUACCUUCAAGUUGUUGAAGGCGCUUGGCUCUUCCAGUGGAUUUUUAUAUUUUAGCCACGAUCGCUACCGAUGCCUUAAAUUUAUGCAUUGCCUGUGAGUUUCUGGGACUCAUUUGAAGAUGCCCUUUAUAACAAGGCUUUAAAGGCCUUUUCAUAGAUGGGGUUAAAAUAUGUCAUGGCAAUAUCAUGAUUACUUCAGAAGUAUUAAAGAAUAAAGUGUUCCAGUGGGGUAUUCUUGCUGGUGUUGUGUGUGUGCGCGGAUACAGAUCAACACCACCCUCAUCACAGAAAUGUAACCUCAUUGUCAAAUAUGCACAAAAAUAGGACGUCUGAAUUCAUCGCUGAUGAACCAAAGCAAAACCGUCGGCUUUUGCGUAUUGGAGGUGGACUCGCUUCCUUUGGGUGGAGUGGAAUUCUGGGAAUUUUUAGCUGGUUGCACAAAAGCACUAAAGUACCGCUGCAGAGCUACAGACACGUAGGCCAUGGUUUUGUCAGGGCCGUGUGAAUACUGUCCUCUUCCAGUGCUGCAUGUUCUGCAUCUUAUGAAGGAGGUUCCUCAGUCUCAAUGGACUUAACCCCUUCCACCAGAACAGAUAAUCAUGUAUUUGUGGAAUAAUCUCCAGCCAGAUCUUUAUCAACAGAGAUGCAUUUUCUACAGGCUGUGCGUUGGGCAGGAUGAAAGGUUUUUGACAUGAACUGGAUCCGUGCAAUUCCAGACUCGGACAGUGAAUAAAGACUUUAUUCCAUGUCGGCGUGGAGAUAACUGUUGCUCUAAUAGUACUUUUCUCAGCAAUAAUCGAAUAAUAAUAGAAAACACUUGUGUUUUCUAAUUCUUGGUUUUUUUUCUAUAAUCUAUAUGGAAAUGUAACUUUGAAACAAACACCUUCAUCGACUGAGCGUUUGAUAUUACCCUCAGCACUUAAUUCUACAGCAGAAGAUUAAAACAUGGGGCCUUUGGUUUCAGCGCUUCAGAACUUAUUAUUCAAAACAAGAUACAGGACGAGGGCGAUGUGUGAAUUCCUAAAAAAAUCACGACUCUUCCCUGCUGUACUGUACUGACUGAGUGAGCAGGUAGUUUUUAUUAAGGGGAAACUGGCCCAGCUUUAAACGCGCACAAUGUUUAGUGAAUGUUUAAUACAUGACAAAUGGGUGUUUUUUAUCAGGUAUUAAUGGUUUAGUGGUUUGCUCUUUCAAACUGCAGGUGGACAAAAACAGGCCGAUUAUAAACUGCCAAUUCAGCCCCUCCAGACCGAGCAUCUUAUUGGCCCUGUUGGCAAGCCUGUUAGAUAUCAUGCCAAAAAGUGCUCCAAUAUCUCUUGGGACAGGUUUGAAAAUUCCAUUGGACGAGAACGAUAUCAGCCCAUUGAUGGAGCCUCGUCCGACAGCAGGUCUAUAUAUGUCUGCUGUAUGGUCUGUGGGUGGGAUGCCAAAUUGGGAUAAGAGUUGCCUGUUUGGCAACCUCAGCAAGUUAUAUGGCAAGCUUACAUUUUUACUGCUAACAUCUACUGGACUGGGCAUUCCAAACUACUCAUGUUGGGCAAGCUUGUUAUGCCAGGUUAUCAGUCUGUGGCCUAUUUGCAGUAGAAAAAAAAAGGUAAGAAAUAAUGCGAUACUGAUUUAAUAAACAUCCACAGAAGUUUAGUGGAUUGUCAUGACAGUUCUCUUUAAAUGAGAAGGAAAGGCAUUGUACACUUGGGGGUGCCAAAUGUUAGCCACCCCCAAGUGAUUGUAUUGACUUACCGGAAACCCUGGGCAGGUGCUCCUAUCAGCAGAAAACUGCACUG